AUGGCAUCUCCAGUGACAAAUAUAAACCGACCGCGAGAAGAUAUUAAAAUCCUCUUUGACCAUGAGUUAGCCAAUGCACCUGGGAAAUCGAUUAUUGGUGUCCAUCUAGACUAUCCCCCUGAAGGUUUCACUCCUCCACAUCGGCACGGCGGCGCCACCGUUGUCGCCUACAUUCUUGCAGGCGAACUCCUGAGUGGCAUGAACGGUAACCCUCCCAAGGUAUACAAACCUGGGGAGAGUUUUAUGGAGCUGCCGGGCUGCCAUCAUACUGUGGGAGAGAAUACUAGCAAAACUGCCUCGACGCAGGCAAUUGCUAUUUUUGUAGUGGACACCGAAGUGGUUAAGACUGGUGGUUAUGAGGCUUUGACAGUGCUUGAUGAGGGUUGGUAA